AGUGAUCAGCACGAGACGCCAAACAUUUAUUUUUCGCCGGUAGAAUUAUUUUCUUUGCUGGGAGAGUGUUAGUCGAACGUCGACACGUUGUGCAUGUGUCAAUCAAUAAGCCCGGUUUCAAAGUAGAUUAAAAUAAGUGCGAGUCUCACGAUUUAACCAAUUAUGUAACCAGAAUCGAAGACUUCGAAGGAAUUUUCACAAUGACAGGUGGAUCGUUACUAAAACACCCAAACACUUCUGCACAACCGUGAUUUAUCUGGAGACGCUGGAGUCGAUCUAACCCGAUUGGAGACACAUCUGGGUUGCAAACUAUCCAAGAUGGAUGCAGCGCCGCUGUGCGCACGGAUGCACGGCGGAGCUGCAGCAGGGUAUCUUUGAAUGCCCUCCAUUCCCGUGGCUCCGCUGCCGCUCGCGCCUCAACGUUGUCGCUUUUUCCUGUCGCCCGCGUUUGCAGGAGGAGGAUGUUACUAGCGUCCGCCGUAGUGGUAUGGGAAUGGCUGAACGAGCACGGACGCUGGCGGCCCUACAGCCCGGCUGUCUGUCAUCACAUCGAGGCAGUCAUCCAGAGCGACCCGCGGUGUGGUAGUGUUGUCCUCGGCCAGGUGGACUCUCGCCUCUCGCCCUACAUCAUCGAUUUGCAUUCCAUGCACCAGUUCCGACAAGACACAGGUACCCUUCGACCUGUGCGACGCAGCUUCUACGACCCCACUUCAGCACCGGGGCAGGGCUGGUUGUGGGAGUGGGAGAACGACGCUGGCAGUUGGACGGCGUACGAUACGGAGGUGGGCAUCGCCAUCCAGGCAGCGCGUGACCGCCAGCAGCCCUGGCUGGACCUGGCGCCGCUGGGUUUCUGCUACCUCAUCGACUUCGAAAGCAUGACCCAAAUCAACGGGCAGACGCAGCGCUGCCGACGCAUCCAGCGCCGCGCCGACUUGGCCUACCCGUUGGUGUCCGGACCCCUGCCCAAGUCCCACCACGCAUGGGGGCCCAUGUCCAUGUCCGGCCACGGGGGACUGCUCGGCGUGGACGUCUCUGGCGUCGGCAUGGGGGUCAGGAUGAGCAGCAGUGGGACGGGGAACGGGAGCGCUUACCCCAGCGGCGCCCUCCCGGCCUCAGCCAUUACCUCUCUGGGACAGCCCUGCGCAUGCCAGCAAUGUAUGUUGGUGCUGAGUGUCAAAGCAGGCACCAUGUCGACUGCACACACUCUGGGUCGCAGACCACCACAGACCAAACCCCCUAGUCCUAAAAUCCACAGCCACCUUCUCCCAGGAGGGACACUUGGCUCCCUGACCCUCCCUCGGCCUCCGUCCCUGUCACGCUCGCUGUCCCCAAACAGGACGUCCAUAGUUGGGGCAACGGGUGGCUUUGCUGUAGGAGGUCUGGGUGGUGCUGGAGGUCCAGGUAUUGUCAGUGGUAGCAGCAUCGGCAGUAGCGGCCUCGGUUUUGGGGUGGGCUUCACCCACUCUCUCUCCCUCCUCGGCUCAGCUACCGCCGCCCUCUCUCUGUCUUCUACCCGUCCCCCUCCUCCACCUCUGCCCCCUCCUCCCCCGCCUCCUCCCCCGCCCUCCAGCGCCCCCUCUUCUAUUGCCCCCGCUCCCCCUCAGCCCUCCACCUCGUCCUCCCUGUCUGCCUCCUGUCCUGCCACUUCAGCGCCGGCCCCGGGCCCUCCCCUCAUCUCCACGGCCGCCUCCACGUGCACGCCCUCGCCUUCUGCCCGCGUCCUGGGUCCAGUGUCUUCAUCUAGUGCUGCUGCCUGUGCCGCCCCGCUUCCGCCCCGGUCCAGCCUAGCAGGACUGAGCAGGCCUGCACUCCAGCGAAUAGCCAUGGCUCAGUCACGUGCCCUUAUCGCCUCUGGGGUCCCAACGGUUCCCGUGAAGAACCUGAAUGGAUCCAGCCCGGUUCACCCUGCACUGGCAGGUAUUACAGGCAUCCUCAUGAGCGCAGCAGGACUUCCAGUUUGCCUGACCCGCCCCCCAAAGUUAGUGCUUCAUCCUCCACCUGUCAGCAAGAGCGAUAUCAAGCCUGUACCAGGACUGGGCCACUGCUGCCGCAAGACCACCAAGAAGCAGGCCCGCAAAGGCAAAACCCCUGAGGAGGUGGUGAAGAGGUACCUUCAGAAAGUCCGCAACCCCCCGGAAGAGGACUGCACCAUCUGCAUGGAGGCCCUGGCUGGACCCUCUGGCUACAAAGGCCCUGGUGUAGGGGGCAUCUCCCGCGCCGAGUCGGUGGGCCGCCUGGCACAGUGCGGUCACCAGUAUCACCUCCAGUGUCUUGUUGCCAUGUACAACAACGGCAACAAGGAUGGCAGUCUGCAGUGUCCCACCUGCAAGACCAUCUAUGGGGUCAAAACCGGCAACCAGCCCCCAGGCAAGAUGGAGUACCACGUCAUCCCCCACUCGCUGCCCGGCCACCCUGACUGCAAAACCAUUCGGAUCAUUUACAACAUUCCUCCUGGCAUCCAGGGCCCAGAGCACCCCAAUCCAGGCAAACCCUUCACUGCCCGCGGGUUCCCCAGACACUGCUAUCUCCCUGACAGUGAGAAGGGACGCAAGGUUCUGAGAUUGCUUCUAGUAGCGUGGGACCGCAGACUCAUUUUUUCUGUAGGCACCUCCAGCACCACGGGAGAGUCCGACACAGUCAUCUGGAAUGAGGUGCACCACAAGACGGAGUUCGGCUCCAAUUUAACGGGCCACGGCUACCCCGACCCCGGCCACUUGGACAACGUUCUCGAAGAGCUGAAGGCUCAGGGCAUCACCGAGGAGGAGUGUCUACCCAGAGACUGAACAGAGACGUCUGAGACACCAGGCUGAAGUCUGUAAACACGCGAUGCUGGGAAAGGAUCCACAGCUGGACAGACAAAUUAUUCCAAAAUCUGAAGAACUUUUACCAACCGAGAUGGAAAACAACUGUUUAAAAAGAAAAAAAAAGUCGUCACAGGAACAUUACAGAAAUUGUUCCAGCAUAAUGUGCUAAUAUUGAAGUUUCUCUUUGAAGACUGAGUGAAUCAGUUUUGAAACGUGAGCAAUGAUUUUCUUUCCUGAUGCAGUAACCUUGUCAAGAUUACAGAUGUUAUUCAGUGAGACAUUUGAGACCACUGUGCACAUACGCGUCAGUGUUAGGUUUUAAAAUAAUCUGUCAUUUAUACUGUGAGACUUCGUAUUAAGAAUGUAAUUAAGUGAAUUAUUUUGCUGAGCUGUUGAGGUGUUUACCACCACCACUACUACUAUUACUACUACUAGUACUGCUGCUGCUAUGUGGGUCGAAUGGAGGCAAAGAUUAAGAAAACAAGCAAAGUGUUAGUCCACAAGCAGAUAAAACUCACUGCAGAUACAAAUUUCAAGUGUAUAACUGGAUAUCUGAGCUUGGGUGUUUGCUGCACUCUAGUGGUACCUUUCACAACUACAUUUCUUCAGGUUUACUUUUCAAAUUUUAUUGUUGUAUAUUAUGUACUUGAUAUAAAUUGUCACCAUUCUAUCAUGUUUCUUAUAAUUUCCAUUUUGUUUAAUAUGAUGUGAUUCCAGGUGGGAUGGGGGCUAAGAUGUGGUUGGCCGAUGCGAGGAUACCACUACUACAAAAUUAUACCAGAAUUUGCCUCACACUUGCCAUUUACCAGCCCUUUCUUUAAAAACAUUUUUAGUAUUUUGUAUUUACGAGGUUCUGAAACUGACUUCCCUUAAUUCUUUAACCCUCAGAGCAUGGAUCCAUUUAAUGGCUUUCAUUGUUUUCUUGUAUCUGCAUUAAUGUCUGGGACUAAUGGAGAAAAAGCUACUACAGAUUAUAGUGUUCACCCUCCAGUCCCAAAAGGCCUGGGUCGGACUUCCUGCCUGAGCUCAGACUUGCACAGAGCUUUCUAUCUAGGAAACAGACUGCUUGUAUUUACUGUAUUUGCGUGUAGGACACACACACACACACACACACACACACACACACACACACACACACACACACACACACACACACACACACACACACACACACACACACACACACACACACACACACACACACACACACACACACACACAC